UCUAUAUCAAAUGCGUAAUAUCACCCUUAGUAUGCGUGCAAUUCUGUCUUGUAUCAUAGUUACUGGGAUGGGUAGAGUAUACAACUAAAGGAGAACCUGAUCAUUGUUCACCAUCCUUGCUUUUGAGCGGUGAACAAAAUUGAUUUGUUUCCCGAUCACUCCAAAAACCGCUACCCCAAAUCUGCUCUCCAUCUCGCCACUGCAGGAAACAACACCACCUCGAACGACGCACACUUCUCUUUCUGACAGCUAACACGACAGAGGCCUGUGGGAUAGCCGGCCCGUGUCCGAUCUUUAUAGGAUGCAAAAAUGGAUGACUUUAAGCGCCUUCCCUUCUUCAACUAUCCUCCUUAUUUCACCUUACAGCCUGUAAGGGAAACAAGGGAGAAACAGGCACAGCUAUGGAAGGAAUUGAUAAUGGAUUACUGUAAGAAACAAAAAAUCUAUGUAAUAGGACUUGAAGAGGACUUUCCAUUGUUCAGUAAUCCUGCAAUUGAGAGAUCUCUUAGUCAUGAAGCAAGGGAAUCAUUUCUAUCGGCUUUGGUUUCAGAUGGCCGUGCAGAAUGGAUAGAUAAAGGCCACAGGAAAUGCCUUAUCCUUUGGCGUAGAAUCCAAGAUUGGGCUGACUUAAUAUUGCACUUCCUACAUCAAACUUGCAUCCAGCACAAUGAGUUUCAGAAGAGAGAACCUCGGAGGAGCCUCAAGAAAGCAAGGAAAUUUUUGUGGCUAUUGAAGGCUUCAAGGUUAAUGAAGAGAAUGAAACCUCACCAGAUAGAUCCUGCAGAAACAUAUGUCAAUUGGAAAGAUCAAGUGCUGAAUCUCCCCGCUCAGAAAUCAGUGAGGUAUUGGGAAGGGAGAGGCGCAAGGAUGAAGAUGAAGCGGAAGGUCAAGGCUGUUUCCUAUCACCCACCUUGAGGACAAGGUGGUUGUUCAAGGGGGGAGAUAUGAUAGGACUCCUGUAGAAUAGCACUGAUAAUAAUAAUAAAUAAGAAUAAUAGUAAUAUUAGAAUAGUGAGUAUAAAUAGAGGGUGAGGGAGAAUAGAAAGGAGGUGGGAAUUGUUAUUUGGGUCUGGGACUUUGGAGACCCAGACCCACCUUUGUAUUUCUCUCUCUACAUUUUCUGUUAUACGACCGCUUCCAUUGUUACGCAUAUCGUUCUUCUUCAUCUUUUACUUCUUGAAAUCACUGUGAAUUAGCCAGGUACCUAUCAAAAACCAUUGACUCAGGUGCCACAGACCAUAUGACCACGUACAUAUUGGAAAUUUAUGCGACUGUUUUAGAGUUUAGUUCUCUGUAAUCCAUACAAAAGUGACAUGAUGAAUCUGAUUUCUUAACCAAUAAUACAGAUGAGGAAAACGGAGAGUGGCUAGGCUGAAUAAUCUAUUGUGAUAGCAUCUCAGAACAUUGUUUUUCGAUUUCUUCUUUAUGAAAGUAGGGAUAUCGGUAGUGCUGGACCACAACAGGACCUGCCCCGGUAACAAGGUGAUCUGGUGGUCAUAAGCAUGGCUGGGAGGCAGUCUGGUUUGCAGAUUGAACAAAUAUGAAAACUCUUCUAUAAGGGCAUGAAGGUUGCUACUAUUUGUAGGUUGACCUAACAUGACAUGUGCCAGAAGUGGUGUACAUGCCUCUUGUUCGUGCCACUAUAUCGUGCUGCCAGCCACUGGAACUGCAUUGAUAGGUCAAGGAAAAUGGUUUGGAGGACAGUGUAAUGACAGUUGAAGAAAUGCGUACUGGGACCGAAUCCAGAGGAACAGAGCUUCACGGGUUGGACCGAACAGUUCUUAUGCGAGCAUUGAAGUUGCUAGAGAACAAGGGAAGGCUUGCAAUAUUCAAGGGAACUUCUGCUGACGAUGAGGGCAUCAAAUUUUCAUCAUGACAAAUCUCCUUCCACAAUAUAUUGUCUAUUCUACAUUGGUCGUUCGCUUUAUUUUGGGUAUUUUGGUUCGAUUGAGGAAAAACAAAUUACUAUCCCUUUGGAAGCAGUAUUAUUUGCCUCUUUUUUUGUAAGCUAUUUAAUCAAAGAUUUACUCAUCUGGUUGAAUACAUGGUAUAUUGUAUAUAAAUUCUACUUAAAUAAAUUUACAUGGCCUUGAAUUUGAGUAUUUGAACUUGAGAAUUUAAACUUGGCCUUGAAUUUGAGUACGUAACCCA